UUUAAGGUGAUAAGAUGCUGAUAAAGUGUGGUCCUUCUUGGUAUAUGGGACGUACGCUUCUACAGUAAGCAACAAUCGUUCUUGGGUGCUGUUGACGGUUGUUGAAACAAAAACGUGCCAAACAGUGGUAUUAAGUAGUUCCCGGGAUGACGGAGUUGGAAGCGCAACCCAUCGAAACUCUCGUCGAAAGGCACGAUGCACUGCACGGGGUACAAGAGGUACGCAUUCCGAUUCCGUUUGGAGAACUGGCCGGAAAAUGGUGGGGACCAAGAAACAUACGACCGAUCGUUUGUUUGCACGGAUGGCAGGAUAAUGCCGGUACGUUUGACACCCUGAUCCCGCUGCUUCCGAAGCAGAUGAGCUUUCUUGCGAUCGACCUUCCCGGGCACGGCUAUUCUUCACGCAUCCCGCACGGCAUGUCCUACCAGCCGAUGAACGUUUUCUACCUGCUCAACUUCGUGAUGAACGAGUACGGAUGGAAGAAAAUUUCUCUCAUGAGCCACUCGAUGGGUUCAGUGCUGCAGUUCGCGUACGCGGCCGUUUUUCCCGCCCGGGUCGACUUCGUCAUCUCCUUGGACGCACUUAAACCGCAGGUACUGAGGGAUAACGUGAUCGUGUCGAUGCUGAGCGAACUAACGCCGGAGUUUAUCAAGGCGGACCUGAGGAAUCAGGAUAAAUCAGAACCCCCGUCGUACACGUACGCCGAAACGGUGGACCGGCUGCACCAGGGUGCAGUUAAUUCGAUCACCCUCGAAGCCUGUCCCUUUCUGUUGCAGCGUAAUAUCCGCAAGUCGGCCAAGUUUCCCGAGAAGUACUACUUCGCCCGCGACAGUCGGUUAAAGUAUGGACAAGGGUUUCUCUGGUCGCAGGAGGUAAACAUACGGUUGGCCCAAAACCUGACCAUGCCGUUCUUAUUCAUCAAAGCGUCCGAUUCGCCGUACUGGGAGAGGAAGAAGAACUACGACGAUGUGAUCGAAAUUCUGCAGCGGAAUAAUGCAGACUUUGAGCUGCGGCACGUGGAAGGCACCCACCACGUGCAUCUAUCCCACCCGGAGCGGGUUGCACCGAUUAUUACGGAUUUCUUAAAGAAAUACUGGCAAAGGGAUGAUGAUGUUGUAAGCAAAUUAUAAAGGCUGGAUUAACACCAAACUCUUAACAAGU